AGGUUACGCUCGCACAUGCGCAGAAGCGGUCGAGUAAUUUGUUGAUAUCCUGCUUAGUAGUAUUUAUUUAGACCAUAGUUUUCCAUAGCCAGGGUUAUCCACAGCGCGGGAGUUUUUUUUUACAUUGUGCAGAAGAAAUAAAUUACCAGUUUUCUAUAUGAGGGGCUGAUGGAGGACACUCGGGAUUUGGCUGAACGCUCCCAACGUUCAGAUCGGAAGCGGCGAGACUCGUUUGGGAUGUAUGAUGGCUACGACAGCUGCAGCGAGGAGUCCACCAGCAGCUCCAGCUCAGAGGACAGCGAAGAUGAGGUGGUGCCCUCCAUCCCUGCCAGCCUGCCUAUCAUCAAGAACAACGGCCAGGUCUACACCUACCCAGAUGGCAAGGCUGGAAUGGCCACAUGUGAAAUGUGUGGGAUGGUUGGAGUACGAGACGCUUUUUACUCCAAAACCAAACGUUUCUGCAGCGUGUCUUGUUCCAGGAGUUACUCGUCUAAUUCUAAAAAAGCUAGCAUUUUGGCACGACUACAGGGCAAACCUCCUACAAAAAAGGCUAAAGUCUUACAGAAACAGCCUCUCAUGGCAAAAUUGGCAGCUUACGCCCAGUACCAAGCAAGUCAGCAGAACCAGGCCAAGUCGAAAGCUGCGGUCCCUGCAGAGACCUUCGACUGGGGGAAGUAUAUCUGUAGCAAUAACACGGUGGGAGCUCCUGUCAGCUGCUUUAAACAUGCCCCUAUGGGGACCUGCUGGGGGGACAUAGAAGAAGGAGUGAGGAUUGAAGUGCCCAACUCUGACACUAACCUCUCUACAAAGGUGUACUGGAUUGCAGAAAUUAUAAAGCUAGCAGGGUUCAAGGCACUCCUCCGGUACGAGGGCUUUGACAACGACAGCAGUAAAGACUUCUGGUGUAAUUUGUGUGUCCCUGAGGUGCACCCAGUGGGCUGGUGCGCUUCAAGCAACAAACCCCUUGUACCUCCAAAAAGUAUACAACAUAAGUACUCAAACUGGAAAGCUUUUCUUGUGAAGCGUCUCACUGGAGCAAAAACACUGCCCCCUGACUUUAAUGCCAAGGUUUAUGAGAACAUGCAGUUUCCAUUUAAGAAACUGAUGCGGGUAGAGGUGGUGGAUAAAAACUACUUGUGCCGGACACGGGUGGCGCUGGUGGAGCAGGUGAUCGGAGGUCGCCUCAGGCUGGUCUAUGAGGAGAGCCAGGACGGAUUGGAUGACUUCUGGUGCCACAUGUACAGCCCCCUCAUCCAUAAUAUAGGCUGGUCACGAAGCAUUGGACACCGCUUCAAACGAUCAGAUGUCACAAAGAAAACUGAUGGUCAAGUCGAUGCUCCAGCACAGUACUUUCAGAAGGUUAAAGACGUGGACCAGAGCAGGGACUGGUUCAAAGAUGGGAUGAAGUUGGAAGCCAUCGACCCGCUCAACCUCUCAGCCAUCUGCGUGGCCACCGUCAAAAAGGUGUUGGCAGACGGGUUCCUAAUGAUCGGAAUCGACGGCUCUGAGGCUGUGGACGGCUCAGACUGGUUCUGCUAUCACAGCACCUCCCCGUCCAUCUUUCCUGUUGGCUUCUGUGAAAUUAACAACAUCGAGCUCACCCCUCCGAAAGGGUACACUAAACUACCAUUUAAAUGGUUUGACUACCUCAGAGAAACGGGAUCGGUAGCUGCUCCUGUCAAACUCUUUAACAAGGAGGUUCCCAAUCAUGGUUUCAGGAUAGGCAUGAAGCUGGAGGCGGUUGAUCUGAUGGAGCCACGGCUAGUCUGUGUCGCCACAGUAACCAGGAUCGUGCAUCGGCUCCUAAGGAUCCACUUUGACGGCUGGGAGGAUGAGUAUGACCAGUGGGUGGAUUGUGAGUCACCUGACCUCUACCCAGUGGGCUGGUGUCAGCUGACGGGCUACCAGCUGCAGCCUCCAGCCUCUCAGAGUAACAGAGACAUGUCCCAGUCUGUGCCCAAGCAGAAGAAGAAGACUCCUCAGUACAAAGGCCAAAAGAAAAAGUCUCUCCUGAGAAUGAAGGAGGAGUCGGCCGAGGUGGACGAGUUCACCUUCUGCCAGGGAGCCUCAGACCAGGAGAGCAACGGCUCAGGCAGCUACUACAUCAAACAGGAGCACUGAGGAGGUCCGGAGGAGCCGGGGCACACCUCCGGGGGGAACUCCACCUAGGAUCAGGAAUCACAACGUCACAAGCUGCCUGUGGAAUUGGCCCAGGACAUGGAGGGGCCGGUCUGAUCAAUCCUGCAGGGACCGUCUCUGAACCGUCCUCCUGACCUGCAGCUGGAACAGCUGCACCCAGUCGGGUCUGGGUCUCAGAGGUUUGGGCAUUCUUUCUCAGCUCCACACUCUGAUGUAGACUCCAGAUUUAAAGGAAGCACUGAGGAGGAGGAGGAACUGGUUCUAGGCCACAUGGAGACCUGAAACUGUGAGAUAUAUUUAUUGAGCCGGGUCUUUUUCACCUCCAGCAGCGUGAAGACGGGAGUCGAGCCGGGCCCGUUUCAUUAUUCUCUUUGGAAGAAUAUUGUCAGGUGACUUCUUUUCUUUUGUUUAUUACUACUUGAAAAUGUGAUUUUUAUUUUCCAAUCAUUUAGUUUUUGGGUUGUUUUGGUCUUAAAGUUCCAUGUUAGGUGGCGUGGUGGGAAACGUGUGUCUUUCUGUAAGAUUCCUAAGAUAAGUGGAGACCUGGGGAGUCCAGAUAGGACCGGCUUCUCCACUGAUCCCAGUACAGUUCAGAGCUGCUCACCAGCACUUCCUGUUUCUGCUGCUGCAUCCAUUCCUGCUGAACUCAGCUCAACAAACCUGCUGCUGUCAAAAAAUAAAUUAUCUUUGUUUUUUCACUCGGCAGCAAACAAAUUCCAACAAACACCUGUUUGUGUAAAUCCUCCUAGGAUUUUUUUUUUGUUUUGCAUUUGUUUGAUUAAAAACAAAACAAAAAUUUCUCAAUAACUCACCAAACCCAACUUUUCUGUUCAGACAAAUUAAAGUCUAUUUUAGUUUGAAGUCAAUCAAAUUUUCUGUCGCACACUAAUCAGAGGUUUUCAGCUGAUGGAGAGAAAAGUAAAUCUGAAUGAGAAAUUAAGAUUACAAGAGCUUUAAAGUCCAUUUUUUAGUAAAGAUUAUUUUGUGCUCUUCUCCACAGCUUCAAUAUUUUCAGUUUAAACUUACAGGAGGAGGAUUUCAGGGUUUAGUUUUUAAAAGGAGAUACAAAUUACACAACUCACUCAGAGGAGAGUAGUCUGUUUCAGGAGCUGAAUGUUUUACUGCAGACUCACCGAAAACCUUUUGAAGUGAGGUUUUGUGGAAAAGUUCUGAACAGUUUUUACCUGAUGGCUCUUAGAUUCAUUUCUGUGUGGAGAACCUGAGGUACUGGGACGUCAGACCGUCUGAGUUCCAAGUCAGAAAGACCAGCCGGUACGACCUUGAAGUCUAAAUAUUAAAUAUUUACACUGAAGCUUAAAGAUUCCUCAUCAACCCAAACAUCACAAUCCAACAUGGCUGCCUUGGUUCUGCAGCCAUAAACUUUGUGUUAUCACGGUUGUGUUUAAAUGCAGAGAAGUCUGAACUAUCAGCUUGUUUUCCUGGUGACUGACCAUAAAACCCAGCAAGUCCUGGUUAAAUCUGUAGUGGUCUUUGACUGGUCGUUAGCUCGUCAGAAUAAUGCAGUCAUGCAGUUUGAGUCAGAGUCGGGCCAAACGCAAAGUGGAUUACUGUCGUCUUAAAACGACUCCAAACUGAAUAUUUUUUAGCUGAUGAUGACUUCAGGUCUGCAGGUUUCAUCAGUUUCAGCCUCAUCCACACUCGAAGAACUCUGGAGGACUAAACUGUUGGUUUUAAACCAGUUUCAGGGCUUGAAACACCACCGUCGUGUUUUCAUGUGGGCAGCUAUAAUCUGUUUGAAGUGAUGAUGUCAUAGCUCUGCCUCUUAUCUGGACCUACAGCCCAAGUUGUUUUAAGAUUUAUUUUAAAAAGCUGUGUUUCUGUUUGGUCAGGAUGUGAGGUUGUCUGCAAGUAGUGGCAGCAGCAGCUGGUUGUAGCACUUACUGCAGGAUUCUCACUUUACUUCUGCUGAUAUAACCAUGUAGUGUGAAACUGACAGCAGUGUGUAGGUUUAUAAAACAGUGUUGGUCCAAACCUUCAUAAAACACAAGUUGUUUUAAAGCAGCAACAGUCCACUUUGGUUUUGGUUCUGUUUGGACUCACUGGGAGCUCGUUGAUUGGCUCAGAAUCAGACUCUAAUGACAUAUCUCCACCAGCGCCUCUACAGCACGGUUCACCCUGGCUGAACACUGCUCAGCACGGUUCAGGUGGUUUACCUUUACACUUCAGUAACAGCUUUAGUGGGUGAGUUCAUCGUAAAGUUGGGUGGUCCCAAAGUCUGAAAAUUGAUGCCACACACACCUUAAGAGCAGGUGGCAAUUAUGCUCCAUUAAGCUGUUUGCCAGCCACCAUUAAACAUAGUAGAAGAAGAAAAGAUACACAACACAUCAAUGGAGGACAUGGUGUUAUUACAAAUGACAGAUAAGGUUGUUGUGAGAGUAGCUCUUGUGACUCAGUGACCCCUAACCAACCAGUGACCCCCAACCAACCAGUGACCCCCCAACCAACCAGUGACAGCACCCCCAACAAACCAGUGACCCCCUAACCAACCAGUGACUGCACCCUCUAACCAACCAGUGACUGCACCCCCCUAACCAACCAGUGACUGCACCCCCAACCAACCAGUGACCCCUUAACCAACCAGUGACCGCACCCCCUAUCCAACCAGUGACCCCCUAUCCAACCAGUGACCCCCUAACCAACCAGUGACUGCACCCCUAACCAAUCAGUGGCCCCCUAACCAACCAGUGACUGCACCCCUAACCAACCAGUGACUGCACCCCUAACCAACCAGUGACUGCACCCCUAACCAACCAGUGACUGCAUCCCCUAACCAACAAGUGACCUCCAACCAACCAGUGACCCCUUCCAACCAACCAGUGACUUCCAACCAACCAGUGACCCAGUAAUCAACCAGUGACCCCUAACCAACCAGUGACCCAGUAACCAACCAGUGACCUCUAACCAACCAGUGACCCCCUAACCACUCAGUGACUGACAGUCUUGUCAUGUGUCUGUGUGUGCAGCUCAGUGUGGUCACUUGGACCCACAGUGAAGUAAGUUCUGAACAGUCUGGUUCCAUUUGCUCGUGGAACAGCCAAGUGGAAGUGUGCUGUAGAGGCACCAAUGGAAGUGUGCUGUAGAGGCACCAGUGGAAGUGAGGCAUAAAUAACUGAGGUUGUCCAGAGAGUUCUCUGUUAUUGUUUUUAACUUUUCCACACAUUCUCACUACAAAAACUCUGACUUUCUUCUAGUUAAAAACUGUUGGUCUGUAAUGCUGGUCUGUCCACAGAUUAAAGUAGUUCUUUCACUGACCUGUUCUAACCAGAGAACACCGUCAGUUCUCAGCUUUGUAGUUUGGCAUCAGAGGAAUCAAACAUUGGCAGAACUCAGAGCAAGGCAGCUGUUGUGCUAAAUUAGUAAGGAUGAAGCUGUGGGAAGACAUCCUCUCAGAAACAAAAUGAGACGAGUCAGAACUGUAAGUGAGCAGAGGAACUGGUCGGGUUUGGUGGAGAACUGGGAUUAUUUUUCCAGUUGUGUCCUCUCUGGUUUCUAUAAAAACUACAGCUUCUUUACUGUCAGACUACUGUGGACUGAACGCAGCAGUUCCAGCUCCGACAUGAGGAAAUCCUGCUGAUCUGGUCCAGACCCGGAUCAUCUGUAGCAGCAACCCCAGGCCCCGAGAGCCCUCCUGUGUCUGGGAUAUUCACAACUUGGGUCCAGUUCUUCUUGUGUCGGAGCCAAAUGAAUUCAGAGUCCAGCUGAGCCACGGGAUGAAAUGUUGAGUUUUCCUUCAGAAGCAUCAGGAUUAUAAUCUCUACAUGUGUGGAGGAACAGAUCUGUCCAAACAAAAACACACCUCAAAUUCCUAGAUUAAAUGUUUCUCACCUACCUCCCAAAGUCCAAAUAAAUGUUUUUAUAGAAAUGAAUAAAGAUUUGAAGAUUAAA